AGGAUCUACUUACCCAGCAAUAACAAUAUCAUAAUGAUAAUCAUAGUCAUUAGUAUUUAACUCACUUUGUCAAGCUGCAAUCGCAUUUCCUCAGAUCCUUCUGUCUCAGUUGAAAAACGAUGUGAUGGUAUUUAACGGUAUUGGUUAAUGUUGCGGUAUUGUACUUUACAAACAUAGUUAUGUAAAUAACCAGCAUACAGUAGGGUUUUACUGCUCUUGGUACCACUUCCUGCGUGGUGGUUAGCCCUCUGUUCAUGGUGAUUAGCCCUCUAUUCAUGGUGGUUAGCCCUCUGUUCAUGGUGAUUAGCCCUCUAUUCAUGGUGGUUAGCAUUCUGUUCAUGGUGAUUAGCCCUCUGUUCAUGGUGGUUAGCAUUCUGUUCAUGGUAGUUAGCCCUCUGUUCAUGGUAGUUAGCCCUCUGUUCAUGGCAGUUAGCCCUCUAUUCAUGGUGAUUAGCAUUCUGUUCAUGGUAGUUAGCCCUCUGUUCAUGGUAGUUAGCGCUCUGUUUAUGGUAGUUAGCUCUCUGUUCAUGGUAGUUAGCAGUCUGUUCAUGGUAGUUAGCCCUCUGUUCAUGGUAGUUAGCCCUCUGUUCAUGGUAGUUAGCUCUCUGUUCAUGGUAGUUAGCCCUCUGUUCCUGGUGGUUAGCCUCUGUUCAUGGUAGUUAACCCUCUGUUCAUGGUGGUUAGCCCUCUGUUCAUGGUAGUUAGCCCUCUGUUCAUGGUAGUUAGCGCUCUGUUUAUGGUAGUUAGCUCUCUGUUCAUGGUAGUUAGCAGUCUGUUCAUGGUAGUUAGCCCUCUGUUCAUGGUGGUUAUUCCUCUGUUCAUGAUGUUCGGACCUCCAUUCUCAUAAUCAUCUUCUUUACUUUGGUUUAAGGGGUUGGGUAGAAGGUUUUAGGUAUUGGGGUUUGGAUAAUAGGUCUAGGAAAGGGGUUAGGUAAGGGGUUAGGGUUAGGGUUAAGGGUUAACGGAUCCACAUCUUAUCUUGAAGUUGUUUGGCUGGGACUCUAUCUGUGGUUCUCUGCCAUAAAUGGCGCAUUUUAAUCUGAAGCGGGGUAAUUGUUUGGCAGCAAUCUCUUUAUUAAAUAUGCAAGCAAUGAUACCAAGGGAGGUUUCCUUUGGAGUUUGCUUGGUUUGGGUUUACAGCUGUGUUUGAAGUUGUGGGUACCCUGUUUAUAAUCACACUAAUCUAACAAACCUUUCUUCCCAGAAACUACUCGGCUAUUUGUCAGCGAACAGUAACAAAAACACACAGACACACACAGACACACACACACACACACACACACACACACACACACACACACACACACACACACACACACACACACACACACACACACACACACACACACACACACACACACACACACACACACACACACACACACACACACACACACACACACACACACACACACACAAUGCCCAGGUCAGUGUAAGGGUUAGUCAGAUGUUCAAUAACCGCCCGUGCAAACCGAGCCAUGAUUUAAUGAUUAUGAUCACUAAUUCUGACCCUUUCAUGUUCCAGUUUCAUGGCUCAUUUAUUUCCCGGCAGUGUGGAAAUAAGUUGCAGCUAUUUUAAACAAAAGGUUUAAAUAAAGGAAGUGAUUCAAUAGUUUAACAUUUAAAGGACUCCCUCUAUUUUAAACAUUGAAUCACUUACAAUGUUGUUGGCACUUGUCUGAUGCAUCACCUAACCCCAGUAUAUGAUGCAUCAACAAUCUCUCUCUCUCUCUCUCUCUCUCUCUCUCUCUCUCUCGCUCUCUCGCUCUCUCGCUCUCUCGCUCUCUCUCUCUCUCUCUCUCUCUCUCUCUCUCUCUCUCUCUCUCUCUCUCUCUCUCUCUCUCUCUCUCUCUCUCUCUCUCUCUCUCUCUCUCUCUCUCUCUCUCUCUCUCUCUCUCUCUCUCUCUCUCUCUCUCUCUCUCUCUCUCUCUCUCUCUCUCUCUCUCUCUCUCUCUCUCUCCCCCUCCCUCCCUCCCUCCCUCCCCAGCUCUGGGUCAGAUCAUGCUGUAUGUGGAUGGGAUGAACGGUCUCAUCACUCACAACGAGACGGUCCAGUGGCUCUACACCCUCAGCGGGUCAAAGUUCCGCCUGGUGGUGAAGACGGCCCUGAAGCUGCUGCUGGUGUUCGUGGAGUACACGGAGACCAACGCCGCGCUGCUCAUCAAGGCCGUGGCCGCCGUCGACUCCAAGAGAGGCACCAAGCUGUGGAGGAACGCCACGGAGGUCCUCGAGGAGAAGGACGGCGUGGACACAGAGCUGCUGGUCUACACCAUGACUCUCCUGAACAAGACUCUGGCCGGGCUGCCGGACCAGGACUCGUACUACGACAUGGUGGACAGCCUGGAGGAGCAGGGCAUGGAGGGCGUGGCCCAGAGACACCUGAGCAGGAGGGGCACCGACCUGGACCUCGUGGAGCAGUUCAACAUCUACGAGACGACGCUGCGUGGCGAGGACGGUGAUGAAGGCGGCCCAGCGGGGGGCAGCGGCCGUAAGCAGCGCCGCAGGGCCAGUGUGGGCGGAGCCGGCAUGGGCAUGGCCAGUGUGGGCGUGGCCAGCGACCCGCAGGGGGCGGAGCGGAGGCGCAGCCGGAGACACUCCCUGCAGAGUGGGCGGGGCCAUUCCUCGGCCCCCGCCUCGCCCUGCAGCAGCGCCAGCUUCCUGUCCUUCGGGGGGCGUGUCCCGGACGUCUCUGAGAGAGAUGAGGAAGAGGAGGAGGAAGACGAAGAGGAUGAGGAGGAAGAGGGGGAGGAGGAGGAGGAUGAUGAUGAUGAGGCAGACUGGGAGAGUUUCCCAGUCGCUGAACCCAGUAGACAGGGAGGAACACGCAGUAAGACAAACAGACUGCACACGUCUUACACAGCUAUAAGGAUAACCGGGAACGGUACGCCGUACCCGGGACGGCACCAGUGCCUGGCCAGCGCUCCGACCACGCCCCCCCGCCGCUUCAACGCCAGCGCCCCGCCCACGCCUGAGGCCACGCCCGACAGACCUUCUUUAGGAGAUCUGCUCUCCUCCUCGUACCGCCAGCAUCAGGAGACCCUGACCGCAGAGAGAGAGAAGAGGCGUCACGACCGAGAGGAACGCCUGCAGCGGAUCGCGUGGGAAGAAAGGAACCGCCUGAAUCAAGACUUUAUGGAGAAGAGGGGAGAGAGCCGUCCGACCGGGGACGAGAGGGUCAAGGCAGCGGAGCGGGUGGAGGGUCUUCCCAGACCACCAAUCAGAGGGCGGACAGAGAUCACGCUGUGUCUGAGCUCCAACCCCAGCAGUCGCUGUGUGUCUCGAUGCACGACACCGUCCCCUGUCGCCUCCCCUUCACGUGUCUCAUCCUCACCCGUCUCCCCCUCACCUGUCGUCUCCCCCUCACAUGUCUCACCCACACCUGUCGUCUCCCCCUCACGUGUCGCCCGCCCAUCAACUGUCGUCUCCCCCUCACAUGCCUCCCCUUCCUCUGUCGCCUCCCCCUCACGUGUCGCCCGCCCAUCACCUGUCGUCUCCCCCUCACCUGUCUCCCCUUCCCCUGUCGCCUCCCCCUCACCUUUUUCCCCCUCACCCGUCUCCCCCUCACCUGUCGUCUUCUCUUCACGGGUCUUCCCCUCACCCGUGGUCUCAGCGGUAUCCAGAGUCACCAGCUCCUGCUGCCCAUCAGCUCUGGUAGCGGAGUGUGUCUCUCAAGUGGCCCUGGAGUCUUCUCCAAUAGGUCCGCAAGCACCAGCACCAGCCUCAGAACCUCCUCCUCCUUCAGAACCAGCAGACGGGCAGCAGACGGACCCCCGGGCGCCGCCUGCUGAGGCUGAGGACGGGACGGAGGUCCAGACGGACGUCCAGACGGAGGUCCAGACGGACGUCCAGACGGAGGUCCAGACGGAGGAGAGCGGAGCUGCACUCCCAGGGCCUGACGAUGAGCUGUCAGGACCUCUGGAGGAGGACGAGGAGGAGGAGGAGGAGGCACUAGAGGAGCAGCAACCAAAUGUGAAAGAGGCAGUGGUAGCAAAGGAGGAGGUCCAGGACAACGAGGUUCUGGGAGAAGCGAAGGAGGAGGUUGGCGGCUCGGAUCCAAUGGGAGCACAGCAGCAGCAGCAUGAGGAGGAGGAGGAGGUUGGGUUAGAGGAGGAGCAGGAGAAGGUGGAGGAGGAGAAGGAGAAGGUGGAGGAGGAGAAGGAGAAGGUGGAGGAGGAGAAGGAGAAGAAGGAGGAAGAAGAGGAGAAGGAAGAGAAGGAGGAGAAGGUGGAGCAGGAGAAGGAGAAGGAGCAUGCGGUGGAAAGGGACGUAGAGGAGAGCAUUCUGCUGAGCGAGAAGGAGCGACAGAACGAGGAGGUGAACGAGAAGGACAACUGCUCCGCCUCCAGCAUCUCGUCGGCCAGCAGCACCCUGGAGCGGGAGGAGCGGGAGGAGCGGGUCACCAGGGACAUCGAAGCAGGCCCCUGGUCGGCAUGUCUGACGGACUCCAACGUCAACGAGCAGAGCAGCGGGAUCCUGAACAAGAAGCGCUUCAUGCUGGACAUGCUGUUCUCCCAGAGCGCCGGCACCGGCGGCGAGGGCGGAGCCGCCGUAGGCCCCGCCCAGACAGAGGAGGGGCGGGGCGACCAGGCCCCGCCCUCCACCAGCCUGGCCUCCCGGAUCUCCACCCUGGAGGCGCAUCGGCAGGCCCGGGAGGAGGGCCUGAGGAGGGUGGAGGUCGGGCCCCUGGAGAACCAGGGCAGCGUGCGGGCGACUGCCGAGCGCUUCGGGGACCUGGUGAAGGGCCUGAUGUCCCCCCCGGAGGCCGACGCCCCCUCCAGGGAGCAGGCCCCGCCCCCCGCGGCCGGGGCCCCGCCCCCACCCCCUAAGAAGGAGUCGGACUACAUCUGGGACCAGCUGAUGGCGGUCCCCCGGGAGCUGCGCAUCAAGGAGAUGGACUUCACCGACCUGGGGGAGGAAGACGACCAGGACAUCCUGGACCUGGACGGCGUGAUGGGGUCCGGCAGCCUCUCGGCCCCGCCCCCUCCGCCACCGCCACCCCAAUACCCCUGUAACUCCGCCCCUCCCGCCCCGCCGCUGCCGCACGCCUGCCCCCCUCCACCCCCUCUCCAGACCCCGGCGUCCGGGCCGGGCCGGGCGGGGGAGGCCCCGCUGUUCCAGAAGAAGAAGAAGACCAUCCGGCUGUUCUGGAACGAGGUGCGGCCGGCCGACCGGCAGUUCCAGAGCCACUCCUGCUGCCGGGAGUCGCUGUGGUCCAAGCUGGACCCGGUGAAGCUGGACACCUCCAAGCUGGAGCAGCUGUUUGAGUCCAAGUCCAAGGACCUCCCCGUCACCAAGAAAGCUGCCGUUGACGGCAAACGACAAGAAAUCAUCGUUCUGGACUCCAAGCGAAGCAACGCCAUCAACAUUGGCCUGACCGUGCUGCCGCCACCCCGCACCAUCAAGACCGCCAUCCUCAACUUCGACGAGUACGCCCUAAACAAGGAGGGCAUCGAGAAAAUCCUGACCAUGACCCCCAGCGAGGAGGAGAAGCAGCGAAUCCAGGAGGCCCAGCUGGGGAACCCCGAGGUGCCCCUGGGCAGCGCAGAGCAGUUCCUCCUCACGCUGUCCUCCAUCACCGAGCUGUCGGCCCGCCUGCAGCUCUGGGCCUUCAAGAUGGACUACGAGGUCAUCGAGAAGGAAGUGGCCGAGCCUCUUCAGGACCUGAAGGAAGGGAUGGACCAAUUAGAGAAGAACAAGACGCUGCGCUGCAUUCUGGGAACGCUGCUGUCCAUCGGCAACUUCCUGAACGGCACCAAUGCAAAGGGCUUCGAGCUGAGCUACCUGGAGAAGGUUCCGGAGGUGAAGGACACGGUCCACAAGCAGUCGCUCCUCCACCACGUCUGCUCCAUCGUGGUCGACAAGUUUCCAGAGAGUUCCGACCUGUAUUCUGAGAUUGGCGCCAUAACUCGCUCGGCAAAGGUGGAUUUUGACCAGCUCCAGGAUAAUCUGGCCCAGAUGGAGCGACGGUGCAAAGCAUCCUGGGACCACCUGAAGGUCAUCGCCAAACACGAGAUGAAGCCAGCGCUGAAGCAGAAGAUGUCGGACUUCCUGAAAGACUGCGCCGAGAGAAUAAUCAUCCUGAUGAUCGUACAUCGGAGAAUAGUCAAUAGGUUCCACGCCUUCCUGCUGUUCCUGGGCCACCCCACCUACGCCAUCCGCAAGGUCAGCAUCCACCGCUUCAGCAAGAUCCUGAGCGAGUUCGCCCUGGAGUACCGCACCACGCGGGAGAGGGUGCUACAGCAGAGGCAGAAGAGGGCCAACCACCGCGAGAGGAACAAGACCCGCGGGAAGAUGAUCACCGACAGCGGCAAGUUCAGCGGGGCGGGGUCCGAGGGCCCGCUGGAGGGCCUCCGCAGUGCCCAGGACGAGGCCGAGCACGAGCACAUGAAGGCGGUCCUGAGGAGCGGCGGGGGGGGCGGCGGCGAGGGCGGGGGCUCGGCCGUCCCGGGGCUGAGAGGACGAACCCGGGCCUGCAGCACCAGAGGGCGCGUUCCUCGGUGGGGUUCGGCCAGCGAAGACCCGGUCAACGGCACCGACGACACGGCCGACGAGAUCAUGGACCGGAUCGUGCGCUCGGUCACCCAGGUGCCCGGCCCGCGCACGGCCCCCCGCGAGAGGAGGCGGAGCCGGCCCAACCGCAAGUCACUGAGGAGGACCCUGAAGAACGGGCUGACGGCUGAGGAGGCCAACGCCCUCGGCCUAUCAGCUGGGGAGGAGAUGCAGGUGUGAGGAGAACAGCUUCCUAUUGGACACCGAGGCACGCAGACGCUCCGAUUGGCCCUUACUUGCACUCAUCCAACCCCCUUCAGUCCACUAGGCACUAAAAGCCCAUCUCCAAUGAUUUGAUCUCCAAUGAUUUGAUCUUUGAUGAUCUGACCUUUAAUGAUUUGAUAUCUAAUGAUCAGAUCUUUAAUGAUGUCCCCUGUCUGCUGACUGGACAGUGCUCCACAUCACCCUGGUUCUGUUCGUGUCAUGGGAGGCAGACUGAUUCUCCUCUCAGGUCCUGAUAGAGAAGGUACUCCGGGGAGGAUGAGUUGCACUGGAGGAAGUCGCUGGAUCGAGGGAGUGUUGGGGAUCUGUUCAGAUGUCCAAAUAUGGGCAUCCAGUAUGAAACCAAAUUUGGGCAUCCAGUAUGAAACCAAAUUUGAGCAUCCAAUAUGAACCAACUGGGCAUCCAGUAUGAACCAACUGGGCAUCCAGUAUGAGGCAGCGAUAGGACAGGAGUUCCCUCCGAAGGCAUUCCAGGUGUGGUCAACAUGUGUCCAUGAUGUCGCAGCGGGAACACCCAGACAUGUGGAAGUCUAGCAAGGUUAAAAAAUAACUGACUUACUAGAAGUUAUAGUAAUAAAUAUAAACAGAAAGCAGUAACAAUUCCACAAGUUUAUAGAUAGAAAAAAAACUAUUGUCCCUAAUUGAAGCUGUUUUGCUACAUCAGUUUAUCAAGUCCCGCUUUAAAAAUAAUUAACUUAUCAAUUACAGACACAAUCUAACAUUUUCCAGUAAAGAUUUCCAGUGUGUUAGACUGUUAUUUAAGACGAGCUACAGAUUUAACAGUGCCUUUCAACCACUUAUUUAUCUAAACAUUUUCAGGGAUACGGAAGCAAGAAAAUGUUAGUAAAGCAAACAGGUGGAUGGUGAGUGUUGACCUCACAAGCUGGAGUCGUCCAAUCAAGAGCCCAAAUCUAUUUACCCCAACUACCUGGACUUCAUUUGUCACAGAUGAACCAGUUCACUAUAGGUCAAUAGCUUUAAACUCUCUGCUGAUGUAGGGGUUAGCAGAUCAGCAGAUCAGCUCUUUUCAGUUGCCUUACUUACUGUAUGGAUCAUUCUCGUUUCUCUCCACAGUAGAUUCAUAUUUUGUCUCCAUAUUAUACUUUAUAAAUUACUUUUAUGAAACGGAUCAACUGUUCUUUCAAAAAUCAUUGUUAUAAAAAGCACACAACCAAGAGCCAAAAUAUUUUUAGAAACAUGAAACAGGGAGGCAAAAAUGCUUACAAAUAAUCAAAUAAACCUGGAAACGCCAAGAUUGUGCUGUAAAUGUAGACAGCCCUUGGCGAUGCUGUUUUUACUGUUGCGUGAAGUUCUCAUAUUGUUCAAACAGGUCACUAAUCGAUAGGCAUACAGAAUGAUCCAUUAUAUUGACUAAGCCGCACAUCUUCAUUUCAUAGUUCUUCAGAAAUGACUGGAAGAUUUCGAGCACCUUAAAGAGAUUUUUGUAGCAUGGGACCUCUGUCAGAAGUGUACAACCUUUUCUCCCAUUUUACUAGUUGGGUCAAAUGGCAGACGACAGGAAGACAACCAUGUAAAGGAUUGCUGUAAAAUGAUGUAAACGUUCCUGUUCAUCUUCCAUGUGUGGCUCCUUGUGUAGAAUAGUGUAUUAUAGUCAAAAGCAGUAUUAUUCUAAGAAAUGCGUUAUUUAAGCUAAACCAAGCCCUGCAUGGUUUCUAUAAGAUGUGGGACCUCCUGCUACGCAAGGGGAGGUCUGAAUCUCAGAGGUUUUGUUUUGUCCGUCUUGUUUCUUCGUGUUUAAACUGUGCAAACUUGAAAGUUGACGAAUGCAGUGGUCAGACAGUUCCUCCUGUGGUAUUCUCCGGAAGCCUUUGAUUUGCACUCGAUGCGGCCCUAGCGGUCCUGCGUGUGUAUUAGCCCUACCGUCACGGAGCCCAUACACCACCGGGGACACGAGGGCAACUCAACGCUCGCAUCCAAAACACCAUUGUAACGAUUACAAUAAAGAGGCUGACCUAAAGACGUGUUUCCAUUGCCUUUCUGCCUACCUGCCGUUCUCACAAGACCUUUUUAAAUGUCUCAUAGCACUCUCCUUACGGCGCCACUGUUGGCCAUACAGCAGACCGGUCCCUUUCCCUACCCCAACCAUGUGUAUGGGCUACAGGAACCUUGUGUGUGACCGGUGAAUUAGCAGACGUCUCAAUGCAAGAAUUGUGCCGCUCUGGCUGACCUGUACAGGAAAUACAUCAGUCCUUCCUUUUGACAUGAAUCGCCUCAGAGAUGCAUUUGGAAAGCCACAGACCCCAGUCAUCCGGCUUUUUAUUUGCUAGUGGAUUGGAAAGAUUCGUUUUUUUAGGGCAGAGAGAAAAAUGUACAAGAAAAAACAAACAAGCAUUCAAUAACACAUUAAUUCAAUUAAAAACAGGAAAGAAAAAGAGUCCGGGAACAGAGAGAUCUGCCUUUUGUUUUUAUUUUGGAACCCAAACAACCCCAUGCUGCAAGAAACCGAUCUAAUGCUUCUGAUCGAUCCGGCCUAACGUCUGCCGAUCAAGACGGUCUGACGUCUGCCGAUCGAUCCGAUCAAACAUCUGCCGAUCGAGGAGAUCAAACGCCAAUCGAGCAUGUACAGAAGCCAAUGACAAUAAUCCACUUGAUCUGAGCUUCACAGACAGUCAAUCGUACAGAAGUAUGGUGGUGGUGGAGAUCUAUGGAUCUGUAGUUGUGAUUUGGGUUUUUGCCUUUUAAUAAACAAUGCACAAGACAGCAAGAUGAAGAAGACAUUAACUAAUAACUCUGAGGGGAGGGAAAUAGAACUAAAGAGCACCAAAAUAAAAAAGGAAAAAGCCAAACAGAAAUUGCAAUGCUGAACGAGUCUUAGAAAAUCCAGUGCAACCUAAGACACAUUCUGCGUAAUAAUAGUUGGAAACUAAACCAGGGAAAAUAUCAAUGAUAACAAUUUGUAUCUCCUGCCCACAUUAUCCAAAUCUAUUCAUAUAGAGCAUUUUUUCCCUGAACAAUCUUUGCACAGUACCAUAUAAUUGUAUAUAAAUUACAAAUUGAAUUUUCCCUUUCCACCAGACGAUGAUUUACUUAGUAAAACCCCUGAAGGCGGACUGGAGGUAUGCGUGAUGCAGGGUUCGGGUUCAACUGCUCAAUUAGAAAUUUGAGGGAAUUUAAUUUCUUGCAUAAUUUAUGUUUGUCGUUGAGUGAAUGGCCUCACCGAAUGAGUGAAUCUGGAAUAGCACCAAGUACAAAACCUGACCAUUUUUUGGCCAAUCAUUCGAAAAUAGUAUGUUUUAAAAAUAGCAUAUAGCAAGUGUGCAGUGCAGUCUAUGCAUUAACUGCAAAGUGAUUAGAUUUACAAAAAAAGCGCAAAAAACAACAAAAAAGGAACCCUAGUGAACAAAGCUAGCUCCACACUAGCCUGGCCUCCUUCCGUGUGGACUCAAGGUUUACUGCCACGAUGUUACGCGUUUCUUAUCUCAGAAUCAAAUCCACGAGGCGCUAUGUUUAGACACAGUACACAGAGUGUUUGGUACAGUAAGGUCCGUACUUUACUGAGA